GAGUGACUAUAUACUCGGUAGAGCCUUCAUGAUCGCCCAUGAUCGCAGUCUACCAAGAGCUAUCCUUGAUCGCCUUGGGUAGCCAGCUACCCAAGUCUACCCUUGAUCGCCCGGCCCCCACGGCUACCGUGUGGGCCUCGUGCGGUUCCUGCAGUUCUGUCUUGUGCCCCACUGGGCCUGUACAUAUGGUUGGUUCGUGACACGAUGUCUCUACGAGUUUAUCUCGAAUGGAGAGAGAAGAAGAAAAAGAGUGAAAGACUAUGCAAGAUAUCUGCCGUCUUAUCCUCCACAUCCUUGGCCUGUGCGCCGAUAUCGAACAAGAUAGAAGUCCACCGAAUCUCGAGUCUUGGCCGAGAGUUUGCCGAGGCCUUUACGGGCCAAGCCCGUUACAUUUGUAGUCCUUGGAAGUGGUUGCGGAUACUAUUGCAGGCCUCCUCGACUAGCAGGCCCAGUGUGAGGAUACGUGCACAACCAACCCACUCAGCUAUGUCGUAUCUCCCUAAAAAAGGGUGUCGAAUCGCAAGUCGCUCCGACCAUGCGAUCCUGUGGGUUAUAUGUGGGUCACAGCGCAGCUGCCCACACUGCGCUCUGACAUCCCCCUCGUUCAACCCGAGGUUCGCCCUCGAACCUCACCCCCUGCGUAAGCCCCGCACAGUCAGCAUCAUCCUUGUGCCCGCGGCCGGCCCCGCCCAGAGCUGUGAGCGAGCAUCUGUCCGAGGAGCUCGGCGAGCUGGGGAUGCUCCACAUAGAACACCGGAAAAACCUGUCCUGGUUUUUGCCAACUGCAGGGCUCGAACCCACAGCCUGGUUGACUUGCGAUUGUGAGGAUACGUGCACAACCAACCCACUCAGCUAUGUCGUAUCUCCCUUAAAAAAGGAUGUCGAAU